AUGGAACAGACUCACAAUAUUGCUACUCUUACUUGGGAUGAUUUUAAAAUGUUGUUUGAUGCAGAGUAUAUGACAGCAUAUAUGUUGUUUGUUAAGACUCAAGAAUUUAUGAAUCUACAACAAGGGAGUAAGAUAGUUAAGGAGUAUUAUAUUCUAUUCAACUCAUUAGCUCGAUUUGCUCCUGUUAUAGUUGGUACUCCUAUGGCAAGAAUGGAGAGAUUUGUAAAUGGGUUAUACCUCGAGAUAGCUCGAGAUGUUAUGGUGGGUGCUCAGCCUCCACAGACAUAUGGUGAAGCCUUGAAUCGAGCAUUGCGGGUAGAAGUGUAUGUCAAUAGAGUUGUUCAGCAGUCCAAACUAGUAGUUGUAGCAAAUAAUCCUCUUUUAGAGCCACAAAAAAGUAGUGAUGAAACCCUUUCCCUUGCCAAAGACAGUAAAAACAAGAACUUUCAACCUCAAGUAAAUAAGAAGAAUUGGAAGGGAGCUACCCACUCCUUUAUUUCCUAUGGAGUUGUUGAAAAAUUAGGAUUAAAGCCUAAUAAAGUGGAACCAGUCUUAAAGAUAGAGUUGCCAGAUGGGAAAAAUGUAGUAACUAGUGAGGUUCUUUUUGAGGAAACAAUAGUUAUUGACGGACAAGAGUUAGAAGUUAACUUGAUUAUUUUUUAUAUGCCCAAUUGUGAUGUUAUCCUAGGCAUGGAUUUCCUAGAUGAUAUCCUGGUCUACUAUAAAACAAAUGAAGAAUAUUUGAGGUUUGUAUUGCAAAGAUUAAGGGAGAAGCAAUUGUAUGCCAAGUUCUCCAAAUGUGAGUUUUGGUUGGAUCUGGUAAUGUUUCUUGGUCAUGUGGUUUCCAAGGAAGGCAUAUCAAUGGAUCCUAGUAAGGUAGAUGCAGUACUUGAAUGGAAAAGGCCAAUAACAGUGAAGGAGGUGAGGAGUUUUUUAGGCUUGGCUGGGUAUUAUAGAAAAUUUGUGCAAGGGUUUGCUAAAAUUGCUCGUCCAUUCACUGCACUUACCAAGAAUGAGACUCCUUUUCAGUUGAUAGAUUUAUGUGAACAGAGUUUUCAGGAGUUAAAGAGGAGAUUGACCACAACUGCCAUUUUAGCUUAG